GCUGUGGUGGUCCAGCAUCCCAUUCACGGGAAGUUGAAGGUCCGCCUGAAGGGCUUUUGCCCUGUGCUGCCUGUGAGUCAAGCCCUCAAGCUGAUCUCUGAGCUUGAAGAGGCAAGUGAAUAUGGUUCGAGAUCAAGGGCGAGAUGGUUGGUCAUGGCAACUCUAUGUGAGGAUGGGACGAGGACUUCAAUGGCUGGUUUCCUUCACCGAUGUCCUACGUUUGCGGGUGUGGAUGCUGAGGCCUUGCUCGGAAUCCCGGAAGCAGUACCGUGUGACCCUCGAGAUGGCUGGAAGCUGCUAAAGGGGGCUCCGUGGCCAAGAGCCAAGCGAAAACAGAUGUACCAGAGUGAUGGUUGGGUGGUGCAUUUGUUUGCUGGUGAUGAGAAGACUUCGGACUCCAAGACCCAAGCGAUUAUGAGAAAAUCCUUUUGGCAGCAAGCGUUGUCAGGCUCAGAAGUUUUGGUGGAGGUGGAUAUCACGGCCACACGCUCCAUGGACUUGAAUAAGCAGGACAAUAUCUUCAAGCUUCUGGCUUGGGCUGCUCUUUCCGGACGGAUCAAGGCGGUGAUUGGUGGCCCGCCACGCCAAAUGAUUCCAACUCCUUCUCAAGGUGCACGUUCUCAGGACCAGUACCAUAAGGAAUUGCAGCUCGUGGUGAGGAUGAUGGCACUAUGGUACAUGGCAGAGGAGGGCCGGUGCAAGCGAUGGCGGCAGGGACUGCUUCAAACACCGACCGUGAAGCCGCAUGUGGCCUUUCUGCUGGAGCACCCAGAGGCUAAGUGCCAGGAACAUGUUUCGUUGUUCCAAACGUCCUUGUGGAAGAUGUUUGCUUUGGAUGCACUGAUGGGCGAGGUGCAACUGGAGAUCAAUGGGCGGCCCACGGUGUUGGGAGGAAACCUUGAUCUAUGGCAUCUGCAAGGCGGUGAUAUGGGAGCGUUUGGCGCUCAACGAUGGCCUUUGGAGUUGGUGGCGCAUUUAGCGCGAUCUUUGAGGGCCUGGAAGCGACUUCGAAAUCGAGAAGGAGUCCUAGCUUCUCUCACGCGGAGGUCUUGGAUGGAUAUCAAUGAAGAAGCUCAUGUCGCGAAGCUUGAUGUUCGCGAUUGGAAACUCCACCUCCAACGGGACCACUUGCCGUACAGGCGCGACUGUAAAGUCUGCGUAGAACGAUCAAGUGGACGUCCUCAUCGUCGAGUACGCCAUCCAGCUGCUUAUGCGUUAUCAAUUGACACAGCAGGUCCUUUCAGGACCAAAGGAAUUGGCGGCUACAAGUACCUUUUGGUGGGAUGUUAUCGUCUGCCUCGGCUAGCGGGAAUGAAGAGUGAGACGGAUUCCUUAGAUGCUGAGGGGGUCGGAUCCGAACCAAAGGCUCCGGAGGAUGGUGGUGAUUGGCUCUUUGAUGGCGACGAUGGUGGUGGUGUUGGGCCAAUUGACGGAGAUGAUCCUGUUGAAGAAGGAAGGGGUGACGGUUUGGAAGUUGGGGAUGGAACUGGCAUGGAUGAGGAGAUUGAGGAGCUUAAGGAGCUAGCCGAGCCCUUAGAGUACAUGAACCUCUAUCUCACACGCCCUUUGAGGACCAGAACAAAGGCUGAGGCCUUGAAGGUCAUCCAGGAGUUCUAUAUCCAGCUCCGUUCCUCUGGGUUCCCUGUCAAUCGACUUCACAUGGACAGAGCUCGCGAGUUUCAAUCUGCCGCCUUGGAAGUUUGGGCGGCAUCUCGCGACAUCGAGUUGACGCGUACUCAGGGUGACGACCCGUUACAGAACGGAUCUGCGGAACGUGCCGUGGGUUAUCUGAAAGGUCGCAUGAGAGUACUGCUUUCCCAGGCCAGUGACCUGUCAGAGGCCGAGGAGGAGCGCGUGAAGUCAUGGUGGCCGUUCGCAGCGGACACAGCAGCCGCUCAACAGCAGGCGAAUGUAACGGACACAAGAAUCCAUCGGCAGCUCGGUUUGGAUCAAGACUCCAGCAAGUUACAGUGCGGCAUGUUCCUGGACAACGUCAAUUAG